AUGUCCUUUUUGUCGUCAGGUGAUGGGUUCUCGCGCACCGACAUGACCCCGACCCGAAUAACGCGAGCCAAAGUGGUGCACGACAACUUCAGUACACAGAAGCAUCACAACAGCGACGAAGAACGACUAGAGGGUAUGCAAAUCCACCGAGAACGCUCCACACCGAGAAACCGCCCUAUCGUCGGCAUCCCUCUCUGCUCGUAUAUAAGCAUGGCGUUCACAGGAGACGAGAAGAUGUUGAGUAUAUCGCAGACUCACUCAUUCUUUAUGGUCAAGACACUCGUUCUCGCUGGUGCCCUGAGCGCUUUCAUCUCCGGAGCCGCCGCGCAAACCGCUGGACAGUGGGGACAGUGCGGUGGAAACGGGUACACCGGUCCCACGCAAUGCCCGAGCGGAUGGGUUUGCACGGCUGUUUCCCCACCAUGGUACUACCAAUGUCUACAAGGAACCGCCACGUCGACCUCGUCAACCCGCCAAAGCUCGUCUAGUUCGUCGACACGCCAAAGCUCAUCCAGUUCGUCGACACGUCAAAGCUCAUCCAGCUCUACACGUGAAUCCGUGACAACGACAUACCCAAGCAGCACUGUUCCAUCUUCGACGUCAACAGGCGCGACAACUGGCGGAACACUCCUACCAGGCAACAGCUUUAUCCGUGGUGUCGAGGCUCCUUUCUUCCACCUCUACCUCCAGAGCGAAACCGUCGGAACUGCAUCCGACGCAGUGCUGGGAUCCCCCUCGACGGCAGCCCAAUUCCAAAUCAUCUCGGGCCAACUCGUCCAAAAUCCGACCGGGAGCAAGUUGUACGCACAAGUGGCGCAACCAGUCAGCGGUGAUAAGAAACUCAAAGUCACAUGGUCGACGAGUCCAGCAACGUUUGGUACGUUCAGCUGGAGUGGCGACACCCUCUUGUGGAGCGAUCCAAGUGUCACCAGGAGCCAGAAUAAUGCUUGGUUAAUUUGCCCGGACGCCAAUGGCAAUGACGAUCUCUACGUCAAUCUCGGCCCAUACGCGUACAAUACACCUGCAGGAUGCGGCGACCAGACUAUUCACGCUUACACUGGUUCAACCGCGACGGCAUAG